AGUCCUGGAUAUGGCUCGUCAUGUGCCUCUCUAUCGGGCGCUGCUGGAGCUGCUGAGGGCCACCUCCACCUGCACCACCCUGGUCCCUCUGCUGCUGCCUCUCUCAGGAGACCCCGGGCAGGACGAGGAGGACGAGGAUGAAGAGCACUCAGAGGGACAGAUCUCUGUAGGGAUGCUGCUGGCCAAGAUGAAGACAUGCGUGGACACAUACACCAAUCGUCUCAGGUCAAAGAAAGAUAAGGGUAAAGGUGUGGUGAAGACGGACACCUCAGACCCGGAGCCCGAGGGUCUUACUCUGCUGGUGCCUGACAUCCAGAGGACCGCUGAGAUUGUGUAUGCUGCCACCACUAGCCUGCGGCAGGCCAACCAAGGUACACAGAAAACACACUCAUGGGGAUUUAAUUGAUUUUCAUGAUUCAAAGUUAGAUUUAAAUCACAGUCUGCAAACACUUCAGUAACAUAUUUACAUCCAUACAUUUAACCUGAGGCCAAAACAAACCCAGAUGUGUUUUAUGUUUGGGACUUUAAAUCAUUUCCCAGAUCGCUCCUAUCUCCAUCUUUCUAUUUGUGUCUCUCUUACUCAUCUGUAGUCUGUGUCCUGUCCUCUGGUGCAAGGACACCAACAUAAUGUAUCUAACCAAAAUGUCUGAAGAUUUAAUUACAUUUUUAUCAAGGAUGCUUUUCGGCUGUUUUUUUUGUUUUUUUUAAAAGCUCGACUUGACCAAAUACUCUCAAAGGUCAAACCCACCCUAAUGUGGCUCUAAGGUAUACAUCAGUGGAGCAACACACUCUGCUAAGCAGAGCACAAAACAGAUGUACCCCCCCACACGCCCAUUACAGAGGGUUA